GCUUUACUGCUGAAGUAGUAUAAAGACAAGAAGACCAAGACCAACUGCCCUCAUUUUCUUCCUUAGCUAGUUUCUCAGUAAAGCUUGAGAGAGAGUGUGUGAAUUAUGGAUGACCCAGAUUUGCAUUCACUACCUGGGUUCAGAUUUAGUCCCACAGACGAAGAGCUCAUUGAUGACUACCUGAAGCCGAAGAUAACUGGGAAAGAUAAUAAAAACACUAGGCGUCUACCCGUAAUUGAUAUUUGUAAACAUGAGCCAUGGGAUUUGCCAAGUUUUGCUAGGAUACCUACAAAGGACAAAGAGUGGUACUACUUCACUGAACAGAGCCUGAGGCAUAAGAAAGGGAAUUCGAAGAACAGGUCAACCGAGAAAGGGUACUGGAAACCAACCGGUACUGAUCGGAAAAUCAUGUCUGGAGGGAAAGUGAUUGGAAUGAAAAAGACAUUGGUCUACCAUUUAGGGCGCUCCCCUAAUGGAGAAGGGACUAAGUAUGUAAUUCAUGAGUACCGAACAACCAAGGAAUUUGAUGGAAAACACCCCGGUCAGAAGGACUUGGUCCUUAUUCGUUUAUUCGAUAAUCGAGAAAAGAGUACCAAAGGUGGACCUGCUGUUUCACUUGAUACAACAUUUUGCAUUGAGGAAACAAAGUCUAAGUCAUCGCUGGCUCCUGUAUCUCCAGCAUUGGAAGUGCAAGCUGAAACAAGUGAUCAAUCUUAUUAUGUUAAUAUUUCUGAUGCUACAGCACCUGUUCAAUGUAAAACUGACAACUGCAACUACCAUAAUGCUUAUGUUGCAGAAAAACAGGAGGCAGAAAUGACAUCUUCUGAGGAUGGUUUUAAUGUGGACGAAAUGAUGUCUGAUGCUACAGAACCUGUUCAAUUUAAAAAUGACAACUACAAAUACCAAAAUGCUUAUGUUGCAGAAAAACAGAAGGCGGAAAUGACAUCUUCUGAGGAUGAUUGCAAUGUGGAGAAAUAUUGGAAUAUGUUCUCUCCAUCCACAUUUGAUUUUCCUGCUGAUGAAAUGAUGUUUGAUGCUACAGAACCUGUUCAAUUUAAAAGUGACGAAUUCAAUUCUGAGGUUGAUUUCAAUGUGGAGGAAAAUUUGAAUAAGUUCUGUUUCACGCCUCCAGAUGACUCUCCAUCAAGUUUACCCCCCAUCACUCCUGAUGUUUCAACUUUUAUUGGUAAUAAAUCUUCUUAUGAAGAAACACAUUCUGAACCAACAUUGGCUCCAGCAUCUCAAGCAUUGCUGGAGCAAGCUGAAAAGCAUCCUACUAAUGGCAGACCAAGAUUUUACAUUGUUGCACCCCUUGCAUGUAACAAUGGUUAUAAUGCGUACACUGCGGAAAAUCAAGUAGCAGAAUUAGAAGCUGCAGAAUUUGAGCUGGAAAUGGAGGAAGCACUCAAAAUGUUCUAUCCCCAUCCACCAGAGCCAUUAGAUUGCAACUUUUCCUCCCCACCAACUUUAACCUCAGUUACACCUGCUGUUUCAUUUACUACCUCCGUUAAAGCUUCUCUUGAAGAAGCACAGUCUAUGCUAGUACCAGCUUCAGUGUCUCCAGAAUUAGGCAGUGAAGCAGACAAUUAUCCCAGAUGUUGUCCUGCAGAAAAUUCUGAUGCAAUAACAUCUAGCACUAUACCACCUAUUGAGUACAAUGGCUAUAACACUAAUGUUUCAAAAGAAGUGGCAGAAAUAACAUCUGAUGACGUGGAGGCAGGCUUGAAUAUGUUCCCUGUCACACCACAGCCACUAGGUUGCAACAUGUUAUCCCCAUUACACUCGCAUAUGCAAGCAGAUUUUGGUUCUUCUUGCAUCUCUUACCCUUUCACCAAUGACUUAAACAGCAGUCAUUGGGGGGUGCAUCGCCAAUCUGGCACAUAUGAGUCAGCUCCCAAUAUCUCCGAGUCCUGGGGUUUGACUCCUUAUAACCCAGAUGACUGCUUUCGUUACAAGUAUAGCAGUCAAAAUAAUCUUGCUUUUGAUGAUGAAACCCAGGAAAACAUGGUCUCUGUUAAGGACAAUGGGUCAUGCCAUAGCUCAGAUGCCAUCGCAGAGUUUGAGCUAGAGUAUCAAGAUUUGUUGUGCCUUGAAGAGAUCAUCAAUCCAAAGGUUUCACCAGGGUUGUUAAAAUCAGGAUCAUAUCUAGGAUCUUUGGGAGGGUCUUCGGAUCAGAUCAUAGGAUCUGAUUGAAGAUCUUAAAAUUUUGCAAUUAAAGAAUGUCAAUGAUUUAGAUAGAUAAUUAAUUCUUAAUAUUACUUAUAAGACAAGGUAAAAAAAAAUUAUGGCUUUCUCGGGAAGUACUUAUGAAAAAAAAAAAAAGUCUUUCCUGGAAAGAGUUGAAGAAUUUUUAAUACUCUUUGAAGACAGCUAAAUUAAAAAGGAUAUUAGUCUUUCUUAUAAAGUUCAAAAGAAAGUUUAAUAUUCUUUAAAAACAAAGCUAAAAGUCAAAGAAUUAUUAAUAUUCUCUGAAAUCCCACAUGUAAAAUCCCUCAUGUGAGCAACAUUCAGCCAAAGUUUUGGGAAUUUUGCUGAAAAUGGGUCAUCUUCCUUUUCCCACUUACAUUUGCAAACAUUCCCUAAAGUCUUCUCACAGUGAUUCACUCUUUUUCAACUCAAAAGAAAAAGAGACUUCUAGUCUUUUACAAACCAAAGACCCAUGGUCUUUUACAAUCAAAGGCCUAUGGCCUACUUUUACAACUUAUUGUCAUUGGAACUUGGGUUGUUACUCUUCCCCACUUUCCCACCCCACCCCCCAGAAAAAUAGUCUUAAAAAGACUACCAAAUUGGGUUCCUUACUUUGGUUCCAGUAUAAACGUUUCUCUAAAAGAAACCACAAUCUGGGUUGGAAUUUUAAUAAUCCCUCUUAAAAGACUCAAAUUAAUGUUUAAAUCAUUGACAUUUUAGAUUUGUAGAAUUGUGAGAUUUAAGAUCCUGAUCAAGAUUUUAGCAACCCUCAGACUUCGUUACAGAGUGAAAACAAGUACAGUUUUCACUUCUGUGUAUAAUGCAAUUUGUAUUUUAUGUCUCCGGGAUCUCUUCUUACAUGGAGUGGGUAUCCUGGUGAUACUAAAUACCUUCCCGUGUAUGAUGUUGAUGAGCACUGGAUAGCUUUGGUCGUCUUACAAAGUGAACCUUACAAGUGCGGUACGUCAUCAUCUGCUGGUGUUGUGAACCAGUUCUAUAUGUAUAUAAUGAAUCAAGCAAUCGUUUGGAAUUAGUAGAAGGAUUUGGCAACUAAAAGAUUGGAGCAAGACUUUGUUGUUGUUAAAUCUGUAUACAAUGCGAUUUAUGUUCAGUUGUAUUGGAUAAUUGUCGUUUUUCUGUAAACAUGUAAUAAAGUGUUCAACAGGAGAUUUUCUUUAAUAUUAUCUUCUUUAAUCUUUGGGACAGUUAUAUUCGAUUUAAGGUACAUGGCCACAAACUUGUUU